CGCCCUCUGACGUCAUGACAGCAGCAUCAGCUGUUAGCUCUGCUCUAAGCCUUUUCGCUGCCGAUCGCUUCCUGCUCAAAGGAAAUAUAUGAGAUCCCCUCCAACCCCUGAAAUGGCGACACAGGAGGUACCGCUGAACGAGACUCUGGCUCAUCUCAAAACGGAGUCGGAGACGCUGAAGUCGAAGCUGGAGGAAGAAAGAGCGAAGCUGCACGAUGUCGAGCUACAUCAGGUGGCAGAGAAGGUGGAGGGGCUGGGCCAGUUUGUCAUGAAGACCCGGAGGACCCUGAAGGGGCACGGGAAUAAAGUUCUGUGCAUGGACUGGUGCAAGGACAAGAGGAGGAUCGUCAGCUCCUCGCAGGAUGGAAAAGUUAUUGUGUGGGACGCUUUCACCACCAACAAGGAGCAUGCUGUGACAAUGCCUUGCACCUGGGUGAUGGCCUGUGCCUAUGCCCCCUCUGGCUGCGCUGUAGCUUGUGGAGGCCUGGAUAAUAAAUGCUCAGUUUAUCCUCUGUCUCUGGACAAGAAUGAGAACUUAGCUGCAAAGAAGAAGUCAGUGGCCAUGCACACAAACUACCUGUCUGCUUGUAGCUUCACCAACUCGGAUAUGCAGAUCCUGACGUCCAGCGGGGAUGGAACAUGUGCAUUAUGGGAUGUUGAGAGUGGGCAGCUGUUACAGAGUUUCCAUGGACACGCUGCAGAUGUGUUGUGUCUGGAUCUGGCCCCAUCUGAAACCGGAAACACGUUUGUUUCGGGGGGCUGUGAUAAGAAAGCCAAUGUCUGGGAUAUGCGUUCAGGGCAGUGUAUUCAGUCCUUUGAAACUCACGAGUCAGACAUAAAUAGUGUACGAUACUAUCCCAGCGGAGAUGCUUUUGCAUCUGGAUCGGAUGACGCUACAUGCCGCCUGUAUGACCUAAGGGCAGACAGGGAAGUGGCUAUCUAUUCCAAAGACAGCAUCAUAUUUGGCGUCUCCAGUGUUGAUUUCUCGCUCAGUGGCCGGCUACUGUUUGGUGGCUACAACGACUACACCAUUAAUGUUUGGGAUGUUCUCAAAGGAACACGGGUUUCUAUUCUGUUUGGACAUGAGAACCGUGUCAGCACCCUGCGGGUUUCCCCUGAUGGGACAGCCUUCUGCACAGGUUCCUGGGACCACACUCUUCGGAUCUGGGCCUAAGCAUCAAGACACAAAGGAUUAAAUAGUAGACAGACCUACUGAAGACACACUGAUGUUUCUGUUUGCUAGAGUACAAUCACAGAGAUAGAGACUCAGUUUUGAUUGUACAUAGGGCACAUCAAUAGCAUUGUAUAUACUCCAGUGUUUUGGCCAGGGUAGAUUUACAUAUUUUAAAGAGUAAGUAAACCAAAUGGCUAGCUUGCAUUACGAUGUGAUGGGAAGAAAAGGCGCACAGAAGUUCUUAUGAUUACAACUAUGAAGUUGAAAACAAGUAUGUUACUGAAAAUAUUAUCGGUAGUGGCUUGCAUCAGUCUAGGAUAGAAGUGACACAAUAAUGUGAUGUGUUAAUUAGCCCACAUGGAGGAAAAUACAUGUUUACUUAUUGUUAUUAUUUUUUAUUAAACAAAUGAAGACAUUCAAUCAGAGGAGACAUCAAAGAGCAGGGGGGGGGGGGCUUUUCUGUGAAUGGGAAAAGUUCUGAGAAAUAUUAAUGAGAUUUAUGGAGAAAGGUACAAAUUAAUAUUUUAUUUUGGAAAUUAUAUUAUAUGUACAUCUAACAAACACCCUGUGCACCCAACAGCUGCUUCUCACCUGCCAAUAUAAUACUGUAUCAAUAUCAAUGCAAAGAAAGCACAUUAAUAGGUAAACAUGAGAUAAAUGAUUUUUUUUUCAUUCCUGUAAUUUAAAUUAUGAUUUACUACAUCUUUUUUUGUUUCCAGAUGUGGAAGCCACUCACUACUCAAUGUGCACUAGAGACACCCUGAACUUGUGGUACCCCACUGUUGAAAUACUAACAUGUUAAAAAAAUUAAUACAAAAAAUAUAUAUAUAUAAAUAUAAUUGAAUGUACUCCUUUUCAUGCCGUUGUCCAAUGGUUGUAAUUUCAUAUUUAGAGUAAUUAUUGUAGUUUAGUGUACAGAUAUGCAGGGGACUGUUAAUCAAACUAUUACAAACAUAA